AUCCCUGCUUGUGCGCGCCCAUGCGUUUCGCUCGAGCCCUACCCGGCACCCACCAUGCGCCAUGCCAUGCCUAGGUUAGUGCCAUUUGCAAAAGAAAAAGAAAAAAAAAGAGAGGACUGCUGCGAAUACGUAGAUAUGUAUGUACUAACAACACUAACUAUUUGAUACCACGCAGGCUAUGGUGAAAAACUAGGAAGCGAUUACAAGCUGAAAAAAAUACCGAGAAAACCAUGGGUAGAAACACAGGAAAAACUCGUGACCUCGUCAAUGAUGCCUAAAGAUACCAAGAAAGCAAAUCCCUUCUCCCUUCUCCUCAACUACCGUUCCGUAGGGCUUAGUACAUCGUCAUGCGCCGCUGCCGCCGUCUCGGCGCUCGCGUCAAAGCCUUCCGGAGCAGCUGUGGGUUUGUCGCCUUUAAAAUCAGGCUCUGCGAAUGCGGGCUUACCCUCACUCGUCUCCGCGCUUGGCGCCUCUGUGGCCGCGCUUUGCUCUGUUUCAACGCCCUGCUGGACCCCUGCGCCUGCAGCGCUGCUGGGUUCAGCGGCCGUGCCCUCAGCCUGUGGGGUGUUUCUCGGUAAGCGGAGCGGGCUCGAUUCGCCGCUCGGGGGCAGGUUGUGGUGCACGGCCUCGUGGCUGCGACGCCGCUCGCGAGGAUACGAAUGCUCUGGUAACUUGCGGGUUGGCGUGGGUUUGGCCGCUUCUGCCGAGGCUUUCUUGAGAUGCUCAAUCUCCAGGAGCGAACUGCGGCGCAGCUCGUCGAGUUUUUCCGCAGGAUCCUUGAAAGAAAAAGAAAAAAAAUGUUAGCUAUGCGUCUUGCUUUACAUUGCUAGGUAAUUCACACGGACGAUCGAACUCGGGUG